AUGAUCUACUCGAUGCUCCCCUCCGUGGUUCAGUCCCGGCUACCUCGCUUACCAUCCAUCCGCCGCUCUGUCAGCACGCACGGCUUCAGGCAGGUACGCCAGUGGAUAGAGUCGCUGCCGUCAUCCAAGUCCUCGACUUUGUCACCUUCGUCGGGGAUUAGGACGCCGGAUGCGGGAUAUACCUCUGCUCUAGUGUUGAACGAAGGGAGGGAAACGGGUGUGGAAGAGCAAUUGAUCGGGUAUUUUGAGCAGGCGUCGAGUGAUGAGGAGGCUGCUCCAAAGACACGAAUGACCCUGGAAAUGACCGAGGGCAAUGAUGGCAUAGUAUGGAAGUUCGCAAACCAAGGGCUCAGCCUCCUCAGUCUCGCGGUCAACGAAUCCUCCACCAUAUCGCAAGGCCCCUCGCUGGGAAACGCAAGUUUCGCACGCCAGCUAUACCUCCACGGCCUUACCUACCUGAUCCGUGGUUUGCCCUCUGAUCUCACUACAGAAGAGCAGCUCAGUAUCCGCAGCUCCCUCCCCCAGGGCAUCGUCGAACCCCUCCAUGUGGAAAUCAACGGCCACUCCUACACAGCAGGACCAGCCCCCGAUGCCCAACCAUCAGUACUCCACCGAACACUGGCAUCCAGCAUCGUCCAGCUGUUUAUUUUCUUGCAGUUCAUCCUCCCCCACCUCAAAUACCUGCUGCGCGCCGCAUAUCAAUAUGACCGCGAACACAAGAUAUCAGAGAAAGUGCUGAGGCAAGGGAUUGAUACGGUUGAUGGUCUGGGAAAGACAGGACUAAGCCUUGUGGAGGCGAUCUAUGGGAUGGGUGAUGGGCGGUUUGGGCAGAUUAUUACGGAGACAAUCGCCUGGAUUGUGGAGGGCAUCACGGGGGGUAUUCAUGAAGGUUUGGGCGAGGGAAUGGCGAUUAUGGGCGCGCCAAGAAAGACGUCGGGGCAGGAGACGAGAUGA